AUGGGGACUGUUUGUUUUUCAUGGCACUUUUGUUUGUUUUUCGCUCUCUUAUAUACUGGCAGGUUUGCGGGAGGCAAUGGGGUCCCAGAUGCUGAUGAAUGUGCCGAAGGGACAGACGACUGCCACAUUGAUGCAAUAUGUCAAAAUACACCUAAAUCCUACAAAUGCAUCUGUAAACCGGGUUAUAAAGGAGAAGGGAAACAAUGUGAAGACAUUGACGAGUGUGAAAAUGACUUCUACAAUGGGGGUUGUGUCCAUGAGUGCAUCAACAUUCCAGGCAACUACAGGUGCACGUGCUAUGAUGGAUUCAUGUUGGCCCAUGACGGUCACAACUGUCUUGACGUUGAUGAGUGUCUGGAUAACAAUGGAGGAUGCCAACAGAUUUGUGUGAACACAAUGGGCAGCUAUGAGUGUCAGUGCAAGGAGGGCUUUUUCCUGAGUGAUAACCAGCACACCUGUAUUCACCGCUCCAAUGAGGGUAUGAACUGUAUGAACAAAGAUCACGGGUGUGCACAUAUCUGCCGGGAGACGCCCAAAGGUGGGGUUGCCUGUGAAUGUAGGCCUGGCUUUGAGCUUGCCAAAAACCAGAAGGACUGCAAAUUAACCUGUAACUAUGGAAAUGGAGGCUGCCAACACACCUGUGAUGACACAGAUACUGGUCCUGUGUGUGGUUGUCAUCAGAAGUAUGCCCUGCACUCAGAUGGCCGAACAUGCAUUGAGAAGGAUGAGGCUGCAAUUGAGAGUUCUGAGUACAAUGCCACGUCAGUAGCUGAUGUGGACAAGAGGGUGAAACGGCGGCUACUUAUGGAAACAUGUGCUGUCAAUAAUGGAGGCUGUGAUCGUACUUGCAAGGAUACGGCGACAGGGGUACGUUGCAGUUGCCCAGUUGGAUUUACCCUGCAGCCUGAUGGGAAAACAUGCAAAGACAUUGAUGAGUGCUUGGUAAACAAUGGUGGCUGUGACCAUUUCUGCCGAAACACUGUUGGUAGCUUUGAAUGCAGCUGCCAGAAGGGCUAUAAACUACUAACAGAUGAACGAACCUGCCAAGAUAUAGAUGAGUGCUCAUUCGAAAGGACUUGUGACCAUACCUGCAUCAACUACCCAGGAAGUUUCGAAUGUCUCUGUCACAAAGGCUACACCUUGUAUGGCAUGACACACUGUGGAGAUGUUGAUGAAUGUAGCAUCAACAACGGUAGCUGCGACUAUGGGUGCAUUAAUACAAUGGGGAGCUAUGAAUGCGUCUGUCCACCUGGAAAGAAGCUACACUGGAAUAAAAAGGACUGUGUUGAGAUGGUGAAAUGCCUCCCAAAUGCCAAACCAGCUCCUAAAGCUCAACUUGUCUGUAGUAAAUCAGGAGGAAUAGAGAGCUGCUUUUUGUCAUGCCCUUCCAAUACACUUUUUGUUCCAGAUUCAGAGAAUAGUUACACACUGAGCUGUGGAGUUCCAGUCCAGCAAGGCAAAGCCCAACAGAAACGCAACACAACACUUCCCAGUUGUGCAGAUUCAUUAGCCCCACCGAUCAAGCAGAAAGCUCGCUUUAAAAUUAAAGAUGCAAAGUGCCAUUUACGGCCUCGCAGCAAAGAAAAGAUUAAAGACGUUGGGAAGCAAGCUAUUAUAGGAGGUCAAUUCCCUUGUACAGACAACUGCCAGGUGACCUUUGUGAACCUCAAGUGUGAUUCCUCCAAGAAAAAACGUCGGGGCCGCAAGUCACCAUCAAAAGAAGUGUCCCAUAUCACUGCCGAAUUCGAAGUGGAGAUGAAGUCUGAGGAAGUCUCAGACACCUGUAACCUUGACUGUGUGCGGAAAAGGAUGGAGCAGAAGCUGCAGACUGCAAUCAAAACAUUGAGAAAAUCUAUUAACAAACAGCAAUUUUACAUUCAGUUUUCUGGGACAGAGUACGAAGUGGCUCAUAAGCCAGCUAAGGCUACUGAAGGACAUGAAGCAUGCAGUACAGGGCAAGUGCUGCAGGAUGGAAAAUGUGUUACCUGCAGCAUGGGAACCUAUUAUAGUGGAGAACAUAAUCAGUGCCUUCCUUGCUCACCAGGAACAUACCAAGACACAGAAGGUCAACUUACUUGUGAACCUUGCCCAAGUAACGACGGACAGGGAAUAGCAGGCGCGCGGAAUGUGUCAGAAUGUGGAGGGCAGUGUUCUCCUGGGUAUUUCUCUUCAGACGGCUUUAAACCUUGUAGAGUGUGCUCUCUUGGUACAUAUCAACCUGAGCCAGGCAGGACCCUUUGUUUUCCAUGUGGCGGUGGACUGGUGACAAAAUAUGAAGGCGCUGUUUCAUUUCAGGACUGUGAAACAAAAGUUCAUUGUUCUCCUGGCCACUACUACAAUUCCACAACACACAGAUGUAUCAGAUGUCCUGUUGGAACCUACCAGCCUGAAUUUGGUCAAAAUUACUGCAUUAGCUGCCCUGGGAAUACAAGUACAGAUUUUGAUGGCUCUACUAAUGUUACACACUGUAAAAACCAGCACUGUGGAGGGGAACUUGGAGAUUAUACAGGCUAUAUCGAGUCUCCCAAUUAUCCUGGUGACUACCCAGCUAAUGUUGAAUGCAUUUGGAAUAUAAAUCCACCCCCGAAGAGGCGAAUACUCAUUGUGGUUCCUGAGAUAUUUCUUCCAAUUGAAGAUGAGUGUGGUGAUGUUUUAGUAAUGAGAAAAAGUGCCUCCCCUACGUCAAUUACCACAUAUGAAACAUGUCAGACUUAUGAGAGACCAAUAGCAUUUACCUCCAGAUCACGAAAGCUAUGGAUUCAGUUCAAAUCAAAUGAGGGAAACAGUGGCAAAGGAUUUCAAGUCCCAUAUGUGACAUAUGAUGAGGAUUACCAACAGCUGAUAGAAGACAUUGUUCGAGAUGGACGAUUAUAUGCAUCAGAAAAUCAUCAAGAAAUUCUAAAAGACAAGAAAUUGAUCAAAGCUCUCUUUGAUGUAUUGGCACAUCCUCAAAACUAUUUCAAGUACACAGCACAAGAGUCAAAGGAGAUGUUCCCACGAUCAUUUAUAAAGCUACUGCGAUCAAAAGUUUCCAGAUUUCUACGACCAUACAAAUAG